GGUCUCUUAUUUUUUUCCCAGAGCUGUGUUGGUCUGUAGGCAUCUGUCUGUCUGUCCAGAGAGGAAGACAUGGGAGAUGCGUCUUACUCUCCUUUGAGAUCCAGCAGUUUUUGGCCUGAACACACUCUCCAGGCCCAUCCCUGAUGGCCUGUAAAAACGGAACUGAAUAAUUUGACCUUGACUCAUGCUCACUCUAAAAGUUGAAGAUUGUGCUACUUUGCUUGGUGGACAUCUGGGGAUCCUGAAACCACACUGAAAAUCACUCGCAGAGUUCCAGCUUAACUCAGAGCAACUUAACGCAAUCCCUAAUUAAGUAUUUAAAUGUAAAAGUCAAUGAUUGUCCAUCAUCUUUUAGAGGAGCUAUUACACUGGUUCCCAUCAUCACUAGUCAUGCAAAACUGAAAGAGUCCUUAAAAAACAAACAAACAAGCAAACAAAACAUCACCUCAGACCUUUCCAACAGACCAGAGAUCAGCACAGUUACUUCCUGUGAUGUUUCAGCCAAUCUGAUCAAGCCAGUCCACUGUCCCUGGUUCUCUGAGCUCUGCCACACAGCUGGAAGUUGUGGUGCUCUCUCUCCUGCCCACAGGGUCAGGGGUCAGCCCCCGGUGGGAACACUGCAGGCUAUAUAUAAACCCGGCCAACUCCCCCUCUGUCGGACUCCACAGCCCGGCCCUAAAGACACAGGAUGGACACCCACUGCUGUUCCACAAAAAAUGUGAAUGUUUGUUGUAUGAUUUCAACUCUGUUCGAUGUCUUUAGUGGUGUAGUGUAGCUUAAUGUAACUGCUUACUAUUGUACAGUGAGGAUGUGUUUGAUAGUAGCUGAGUGAAUCACCUUUAUAAGCCUGCAGGUUAUUACUGGACUUCCUUGAAAUACUGGUAUAGGGCUUGGCCCUACCUGAAAUCAACAGCUCUUGUGUAUAGGAGGUCAGACUGCCAGCAUGCAUACAUAUAUACACACACACACACAGACACUUGUACACAUGCAGUUGACUGGCUCCGUCUAACCUACAAAUAGUGCCAGCAGGUUUCCUGUGGCUGUUUCGUGUGAAGAGGGCGAGAGAGACCCCACAGGCUGACAUGGCCAAGUUACCGUCAUGCUGCGUGUUACGGGCUGGUUCAGGCGCUCGUGCGGACAUCGCGUUGCUAUUAUUCAACAAUCUGAUAGUGUGAUGUCCCAUCGUACCUGGAGUUUUCCUACCAAACGCCUGAAGAGUAAACGAGCUUCAGAACCGUCAGUACCGAGCGACGAUGUGUUCCGCAGGACGGGCCGACUCUUCUCCUCCCUUAGAGAGGAGGGCAGACACCAGAGGGGGAUUAGUGAUGUCACCUGCGACGCUGGUAAAGACAAGCCGCGUGUCUUCUCUGGAGACACCCAGACAUCUGAAGGUGCCUUCCUCCCAGGUGAGGACGAGGAGCCGGAGAAAGGAGCAAUGAAGAGGCUCAGUACCAUGUGGAGUUCUCUACGGGUGAAGAUGCAACGUGACAGACCUAAAGAACCACCGUCCCCGGUGAAUACACAGCCUCUUCCCACGGAGGACGCACCCAAGGACCAGCGAUAUGCCAGUGGGCAGUUCUUCUUCGAGUACCUGGUGGUGGUCAGUCUCAAAAAGUCCAAGAGUGACGUGUACGAGCCCCUGAUCUCCUACCAAUUCCCCAAGAGGGAUGGCAUGGUCCGUUUUCAGAAGGAGGAAGAGGAGAAGACGCUGAAGGCCAUUACUCUGUUUUGUUUCCCCGAGGGCAUUAACUGGGCUCCUCUGACUGAGUAUCGCAGUGAGACCUUUUCUUUUGUUCUGACGGAGGUUGACGGAAGCAGACGGAACGGUUACUGCAGAAGGCUGCUGCCUCAUGGUAAGGGUGCUCGUCCUCCGGAGGCGUACUGUAUCAUCAGUAAGGUCGCCUGCUUCGGCCUUUUCUCUAAGAUCUUUGAUGAGGUGGAGAAGCGACGACAGAUCUCCAUGGCAAUGAUCUACCCCUUCAUGCAGAGCCUGAGAGAGGCACCAUUUCCUGCUCCUGGAAACACAGUCAAAAUCAAAAGCUUCAUCCCGGACUCGGGCACUGAGGCAGCCCUUCGCAGUGAUCUGAUUGGUCCACUCAGCCAUGCACCACAACACAGCACUUCCCUCAGUAGGUUCCCUGCGGUGAUGAGGAUCAUUAGUCUGACCAGGCCCACAGACUCUUGGCUGGAACAUGUAGAUUUCCGGACGCUCUUCAGGUGCCUGUCAGACGAGGAGGUGCUGCAGGUGUUUGCAGCCACUGUGCUGGAACGGAGAAUCAUCUUCAUCGCUGAAGAAUUGGGGACAUUGUCCCAGGUGAUCCAUGCUGUUUCUGUUCUCCUUCAUCCCUUCAUCUGGCAGCACACACUCAUCUCCAUUGUCCCUGAAAUCCUCAUUGACGUUGUCAUGGCGCCCACGCCGUACCUGCUAGGUGUGCAGAAACGCUUCGCGGACCAGGUUACUGACCAGGGCGACUUGCUGGCUGUGGAUUUGUCAGAGGGAAGGACGCAAACAUUUAUCAGACAAGUUGGGGAUGAGAACUCCAUCUUACCCCACAAACUCAAAGAAGAAAUCCUCCAGGCACUGAAGAUGAGAAACGAAACAGCCACCCUGGACGAGCUGAACCAGGUGGUUCCGGAGGCGUUCCUGCCGUUUUUUGUGAAGACGGUUGGCCACUUCGCUAAGCACAUCACACGGACCGGGCAGAACCAGGAGGGUCACUUCCAGAAGAGGACCUUCUGCAAAGCACACGAGUCCAAAAGCACGCGACGAUUCGUCAAGAAAUUUGUGGAGACACAGAUGUUCGAUCUCUUUAUCCAGGAAGUGGAACAGAGGUCUGCCUCCCAGGAAGGGUUUUUUGAGCAGAAGAUUGCAGAAUACCACAAAAAGAUGAAAGAGAAGAUGAUGAAGCAGUAAGCAAGGACUUAGUGUGUGUGUGUGAGUCUGUGUGUGUGUGAAACGUGCCUUAGGAUUUAGGGCGUGCUAGUACUUUACGUACAACGCAUGUGUGUGUACACGUGUCAAACGUGUCCUAGGUCUUAAGUAAAUCAAAUGGAUGUUAAAUAAUUGUUCACAAUGUAGAUAGGACAUUUUUAUUUGUUAUUUUCAUUUUAAUUGUAAAAUGAAUGGGGAUUUUGUAUGUAUAUAUUUUAAUAUUUUACUCCUACAGUGGAGUUUGGUUGUGGUUCCUUUUAUGAUCAGUACAUUCACAACUGAGCCAGUGGAGAAACUCUUUUGAAUAGUCAGUUUUAAAGAAAUCAGGUUUCAUUUUUACAGUGUUGAAAGUUGACACAGACCAAAAAGGUGUGUGCUGCGUUUUACUGUCUUUAAGUCCCAGGCUUUGAUGUUGGCAUGUGUGUGGUAUCUUGAGCUGUGCGCUGAAGUACAGGAUGUGGUUUUAGCAGAGCACUGAUGAAACCUUUGAAAAUCUCAUUAGUUCAUCAUUCUAAACGCAGCUUGUGCUCGACCUCACAAACCUUGUCAGGUUUUUUUAAUCAAACUGAUCAGUACUGAAGCUGCAGUUAUAAUAAAGGACUGAUGAGAAGUCAGAGGCCUGCGUGCGCAGUUAAUAAAGUGAAAAAAGUGAAAAAUCAAGAAACAAAUUGAUUAUUUAUUAAUGUUAGUUGUUAGAAUCCACACUGAUACUCAUAUGUGGAAUUUGCAUCAAGGUGUCAACUGUUUUUACCAUCCGUUCACUGGAAAGGUAAACUAUACCGCUACAGAUAAACAGAAUAAACCGAACUUGAACUUGAACAGAAGGCAAUCUCACCACAGCUUGCAGUCUCCCGUCUCUGCCAGAAGGGGGCAGUAUGUGGUGAGUUGGCGUGACUCCUCCGGCAUCUGUGCGCUCUCCCUCGUGGGUGCAGAUGUGAGUCACGGCCUCGUCUGACGGCGACACAGAUGAGUGACCUAGUCCUGGGCUUAGGGGUGAGGAACCAACUACAAGAUUGACAGCUGAGUGUUCGAAACAUGCAAACAUCCUUAACAGAAAACUCAUGGAUGACAAGUUUCACCCUCUGUGACUGUUCGCCUAUCCCCCCUGUGUAUAGUUCUUGGACUGUUCUAACAACAUUAAAUGAAUGUGUGUAUAAGGCAUA